CAGGUGCUCAAGUCACUGCUAGAGACCAUUGCUGCUCACUACCGCCGCCGCGUAUCAGCGAAGUGCAGCCAGAGGAGUGACUACAACACGUUUCCAAAAGCGGGAUAUACUCUACUGCAAGUGGACAGAUAGUGCCGAAGUGUACGCUGGAGAUUAAAUAGAAAAACAGACGAUUAUUAAAAGCGUAGAAGGAGUUUGACUAGUGUGAAGAUCGCACUUUUCCAGCGUAUGUUUUGGUCCGGAGUGGUGGGUCUUUUUCUGAAGUGUACGUUUCUAUAGUGCUGCCAGGUUCCUCCCCCCUCGAAACUCAACCAAAACUCUUUCCUUGACCACAGUAAAGGAUAAUUUCACUCGUGGAUUUGACCAAAAGCAAGCCUGGCCAAUGAGAAAUGCCUUGUUGAAAUACUGCAAUGGAUUGGCGUAGGAGAGAAAAGACAAGGAUCAAACUGAACUGGAAAAUUUUACCUAAAUACAAAAGUGGGAUUUUAAUACACUAAUUUGACCUUUUUGGCACUUUCACAAACUCUUUCACCAUGAGCUGCAGCACUGAACUGGAGGCCGAUGUUUAGCCGGCUCACAGCUGCAGCGAGUGGAGUCACUUAGCCACAGAGCACCCUUUUCGCCCCAUUGUCUGUGGACCCCACAAACCAAUGGCAUGGGCCAAGUUCUUCAGGAAGCCGGGGGGCAACCUGGGGAAGUCCUACCAGCCGGGGAGCAUGCUGUCUCUGGCCCCCACCAAAGGCCUGUUGAACGAGCCGGGGCAGAACAGCUGCUUUCUCAACAGCGCUGUACAGGUGCUAUGGCAACUGGACAUCUUCAGGCGCAGCUUGAGGCAGUUACCUGGACACUUUUGUCUUGGAGAAUCCUGCAUAUUUUGUGCAUUAAAGGGCAUCUUCUCCCAGUUCCAGCACAGUAGAGAGCGUGCCCUUCCCUCUGACAACCUGCGCGUUGCUCUGGCGGAGGCCUUUAAGGACGAGCAUCGCUUCCAGCUGGGCUUCAUGGAUGACGCUGCCGAGUGCUUUGAGAUCAUACUGGAGAGAAUCCACAUGCAUAUAGUGCCUGAGGAGGAGAAUGCCUGCACUUCAAAGUCUUGUAUCACGCAUCAGAAGUUUGCUAUGUCCCUUUAUGAGCAGGUUGUGUGCCACAGCUGCGGGGCCACGUCCGACCCACUACCGUUCACAGAGCUGGUCCAUUACGUCUCCACCACUGCUUUAUGUCAACAGUUGCAUCGUCGUCAUGUGGAUUCGUUUGGGGAAUUGUUGCAAGUAGCGAGUACAAUGGGAGACUACCGAAACUGUCCAAACAACUGUGGACAGAAGAUUAAAAUCAGGCGUGUCCUCAUGAACUGUCCAGAGAUCGUCAUCAUUGGCCUCAUCUGGGAUUCUGAGCAAUCGGACCAAACCCAAGAAGUCAUCCACUCACUGGGACCUCUCCUUAACCUCUCAAAGCUCUUCUCGCGAGUGACAGAUGAACAGGCUAAAAAAGGGGAGCUGCUUCUGGUGGGGAUGAUCUGCUUCUCCAGCCGUCACUACUGUGCCUUUGCCUUCCACACCAAGUCUUCCAAGUGGGUCUUCUUUGACGACGCCACCGUGAAAGAGAUUGGCUCCAGGUGGAAAGACGUGGUCAGCAAAUGUGUGAAAGGUCACUUCCAGCCUCUGCUGCUGUUUUACUCCAAUCCUGAUGGAAGUGCCAUUAUUGCAGAGACCAGCAACCACUACAAGAGCUCUGUCAACGGAGAUGUACAUGGUUCCGAUUCACCAGUUCCCCCUCCGAAAAAGCUGGAGCUGACAAGAGAAAAUCUGAAUGCAUUUUUGAGUCAAGGAGCGUCUGUGCAGAAGACUCACUCCACUCUGAGCCGAGCCAGUGGACAGACCAGUGGACAACACAGCAACUACACGAGUGGUCACAACAGCAACCACGCCAGCGACACCAAGAGGACCAGGGAGAUUUCUCGAGAAGCGGCCCACCGAGCAGGAGAGGUCCAGGGGAUGCACAUGUCCAGACGUGAGGCAGAGAGGAGCGCACCGCGGAGGCUAGAGUCUCGGGUGAGAGAUAACGGUAAUGACAGGAUCUACUCCCGUUCGGCCUCCCCUCCUGAAAACGGCUUCAAACAGCACGUGGAGACAAGACUUUACGCAAGUCAAGGCAAAGGUCCCAUCCGGGCUGAGCGCACCGCCCAUGUGGUACGCGCCCCUCACGAAACCCAACGCACACAAUCACGGGUCCAAGUGCUGCCCACCAACAACAGUAACCACCGCCCAAAGACCGACCAACUCUCCAACGGCUACGACACUGACUCCAGCCAGGAUUCCAGGGAACGCCCGGGCAGUCGCAGCAGGUCCGGUCGCCCCUGGAAACCGAUGCGCGAGGUUCUCAAUGUGGACAGCGUUCUGAGGACCAACAAUGUGAGCCAGGAGAGAAGGCAGCAUAGUCCCAGAAGGCGACCGAAUAGCCAGUCCCCGACCCGCGAUCGAGAAAGGGAUCGGGAUUUUAUAUGGCAAGGGCGAGAGGGAAGAGAAGAGCGCAAACCCAAGUCCCUCAUGACUAUUUACGAAGAUGAACUGAAACAUGAGACGGGGGGCAGUCGGAGCUCGCUGGACUCGGACAGCAGAGGAGGGCACAGCGAUAGGUCCAGAAGUUCGGCGACGCUUAAAGUGCACAACGAUAACUGGAAAAUGCAGAGAACGGAGUCUGGCUAUGAGAGCAGUGACCGUCAAAGCAAUGGGUCGACCAAUCUGGACUCUCCUGUAGUUGAGAAUCAUUCCUCUAAGGACUUGCGGACUAUACCAGAGCUGCACCUGUCCAGAGAUAACUUCCUUCAGAGGAGAAAUGAAGACAAUAUAUCUACAUUUUCUCAAGGUGAAGAUGGAAGAAAAAACCCACAUUUGCUUGAGGAAACAAACCACAUGAGACAGCGCAUGCAGAGACGCCAAGCUUUCCGAUACACUCCUGGUAUGUUGGAGAGGGUGAGCGAUCACGACGGUGAACGUGAGGACAACGUGGACGGCAGCCCUGAGAGCCCAGGCCUUCCUUACCUGGCCAAGACCAGCAGCUCCGAGUGGAACAGCUCAGAUGACCUCACCCAAGAGGAGCCUGCCCCUCUCCUAGAGCCCUACCACCCAACUCUACCCCCAAAACCACAGGGCACAGCGCGCUCAGAGCUCACAGGCAUCCCCGCUCACUCCCCCGGCGAGCCUGCAAGAAAUGGUUUCUCUCAUACCAGCCUUCGCCGCUGGAUAGAGACCCCCGCAGAGCACCGCCUCUCAUCCGAUGCAAGCUCCAAAUCAUCGGACCAAGACAGGAACGAUUUGUCGGCAAGCGAAAGUGAAAGCCCGACCACGGGGGGGCCUGAUGGUACAGACUCCCCCACCCUCAGUGACAGGGUGCUCCCCACUACCUACUUUUCUGUGGACAACUGUAUGACAGACACUUAUCGCGCCAAAUAUCACAAGAAGUAUUUGAAAGCAGACGAGCACACUUCGUCGGGGGAGAGUGACAUGGAGGGUAGGGGUGUGUCUGUGCCAGAUGUUAAAACACUGGAGUCAAGAAACAGAGCAGAUCCUGUCUAUUCUUCAAAAACUGUUCUAAAAUGGAACCCAGUGACUCCCAAAGGACUGGACGAGCAUGGUUUCCUAUGAUCAGAGUGGACCUUUAUAUUUCCACUGGAUGCCAAACUGAAAUUGUUCUACACUGAAACGGGCACAUUGUAUUGUUCUUUAUCUGUGUAUGUCUAGGUUGAAGGUUAUACAAGGAUGCGGAUGCCAAAGAGAUUGCGGGUUUGCGUAACAUUGUUGAACGUGCUGUCGCCAUUUGCUCGGAGCUACUAAUGACUAUGAAUGAAUAAAGAGUUUGCACAUUUGAUUCAGCAGAGGUACAGAAAAAACGCAUGCUUUAUUUUGCUGACAGUGUUUGAGAUGCCUGAGGAUUUUGAAGAAUGGCAAAGAAUGUAACACAAAAGCCACUUAAAUUCAAGAGAUUGCGUAACCAGACUUAAAACGAACCAGGUUUUCAGCUUUCUCCUGUUACCUUCUUUUGUGUGUCCCCCACCAGCUUCUAGACUCCGAGGGUUUCGAAUGUUCAGAGAAUGUCCAGUGAUGCAGUUGUAAUAUGAAUGCUCACAAAAGGCACAAAAUAAAGUAAAAACAAGACAAAAAUGUUGAAAUAUUAAUGGAGAAAUUUAGCAAAGUCUUAACAUGCUACUUAUCUUGCCACAAUGUUAACAACUGAAGCAAAAAUGUAACUUGUAAGUCUUAUAAUUACUGUUUUGUGUUAAAAAAAAAUGCACUCCUUACUCAAUGUUCGGCUUUUUUCUGAGUAAAUCUAUUGAAUCUCUAACCUGGGUUAAAGCAAGUCUGCACUGCUAACAAAUGCAAAAGAUUGUGGUCAAGAAAAAUGUGAUGUCAAUCUUUGUAGCGUCUCCCUUUUCGGUUUGGUAAUGUUUUAUAUACGCAGCAGAAUUUCUAUGCAGUGCCUUUUGUACUUUUCUAUGUCCGGACAAGAUAAAGUUGCAGGCAGGAUUUGUAAAGUUCUUUCAUUUAAGAUAUUUUUUCUAAUAUUUUAUUUUAUUUUUAUUGUUGAAUAAAAAGAUCUUGUUUAACCUUA